CAACAUCAGAAAAGGAGAGACACGCACACGUUGCACCACUCAAUAGUCAUUUUAAAUGUGUAUACAUGCAGAGAAAGUAAGUAAAACUAGUGUUUAAAAUCGGUUUAAUUUGAAUUAUUUUUUACGAUUUUGAUAAAUGGUGUCUAGUAGUGUUUGCUUAGGUACUAAUCCACUACUGCUUAACAGUUUCUUGAAUAUCGUGUAAAACACAGAACAAUCCGUAACUCUAAAGAAACAUGCGUGGCCUGACUGUGCAAAUACCAGUUGCAAUCUUUAAAAUCAGAAGAAAAAAAAACUCAAAACGUGAUACCAUUUCUUUUCAUCAAAGCAAUUUUUUUUGAUCAAAAUCAAAGCAAUUAACAUCUAGUUCUGGAGGUAAUACUAGAAAGACAAGAUCCUACUAAAUCAAGAAGAGAUGAGAGCAAAACCUAACUCGGCUGCAAAGAAAGCAGUUAAUACCUAAGCUAACUGUCAAAACGAUUCCUAACAGAUCCUAUUUUCCUAAUUUGGCGCAUUUAUUAUUAUUCUGAUCCCUUGUAUCACGUGAUCUUCUAUACCGAUGAUUUCGUGCUUUAUUCUAACUUCCAAAUUAAGAUAAUGAUGUUUUAUAGAAAUUUUUCAUUGCAUGUAAGAUAUAAAAAGAUACUAAUACUUUUCUGUAAUAAAACAAACAAAAGAGUAUUAAGGUAACUAAAAAGUUGAAUUAAUGAAACAAAAUCAACCUAAUCGAGAGUGACAUGCACGCGCCACCAGGCUAGUAUAUUUACUAGUCUGUUUUCUCGAAAAACAAACUCCAAAUCAAACACUCUCUCUGUACUUUAGAUCUGGCACGGCGAUACUGUUUUCUUGAACGCCGGUGAUGGCUUCCACUUGCGUCCACAAUGUGACUGUCUCUGCUUACGGAUGUUUCAACGCUCGGAGCUCUGGAUCCGCCGUGUCGUUGGAGAUGAAGAAGCUGAUUCCUCCGGAGGAAGAGUUCGAGUUCAGAACUGAGGUUCCUGUCGGAAUGCUUCCCGCCGACAAGCUUUUCUCUAACGGUAAACUCGUGACGACGGCGGUGGUGGAAGUUGAGACGGGGGUUUCCGGCGAGGAGGGUAGCUUGGUUUCUUCUCCCAAGGCGCCACGCUGUUCGAGUAAAUGGAGAGAGCUGUUAGGGCUGAAACGGUUCUCUCAAAACAGCAAGGCUGCGGCGUCGUUUAAGCAGUUUUUAAACAGGAGCUCCAAAACGUCGUCGUCUUCUUCUGAUGCUUCUUCGUUAAUCAGUCUUCCUCUCCUCUCCGACAUCGAAUCUCUCUCCGUCUCCUCUUCUUCACGUAUGUCCCUCUCUUCUUCUUCCUCCUCCUCGGACACCCCGAGGAGGCUAUCGCUCGACGCAGAGAGACUCAACCACCUCGCUCACCAAAACAUCACGGCCAACCCGUUCGCUCCCGCUCGGCCGAGGAUGAGGUUAGUGAAGCAGCCUCGUGAUAGAGAAGAAACAUGUAGCGACAGUCCGAGGCUAAACUCGUCGGGGAAGAUCGUGUUUCAGAGCCUUGAACGAAGCUCAAGCAGCCCGCGCGGAGGAGGGUAUAGAAACAGAGGAGUGGAGAGAUCGUACAGUGUAAACCUGAGCGUGGCUCCUGUUCUUAACGUUCCCGUUUGUUCAGUCAGAGGUGGUUCUGUAAUAUUUAGCCACUUCUUCUCUUCAGCUUCGUCUCAACACAAUAAAACAGGGAAUGGCUCUAACCACAGAGCGUUGUUGACUCAUCAUCAGCACGGUGGUAUUAGUAGAGGCCGUAACUCAACAGAUCGAGUAGCUAGCUAGCUAGCUAGUAGUAUUAGUCCAUCUACUUUUAGUACUGUGUAGUUUGCUUAUUGGGGUUUGAGAGUUAAGAGAGAGUCAAGUUGACGCGUUAAGCUAAAGGAAUAAAUGCGCGUGGGAUAUAAGGAAACAGAUGCUCAGUAACUGCUGUAUCUUACGCUCUUCUCACGCUGAAGCUUACUUUUUUUUUUUUUGGCUCAACUUCAUAUUUUGACCACAGGAGACUUUAACCACUAAUGCAUUGAGUUGGUCUAGUACCACCCUAACUCACUUGAUUGGAACUAACGUUACCUAACCUAGAUUCAAUGCAUUUUGGACCACAGUGAGAAUGAAACCAAUCCACGACUCGGACUGAUCCAUCUCUUUAACCACACCUAAACUGACCUCAUGGUAACCCAAAGAUAAUAUCUACACCCGAGUACAAUUGAAACAAACUAAGGGAACCUAAUAAUCGGCAAUGAAGUCCUUGUCCCAUUAGCAUCCUCACCAAAAGGUGCAACAUCGAGCUUAGAUCGUCUCCCCGGUUUUCAAUACUGAGACCCUUAGCCUAAAAUCAGACACAAGGUCCGAACUGAAAGACGGGUUUCAGCUGAAACAAAGCAGGAGCCAGAGCCGAGAAUCCAAGCUUCCAGAGAAGCAGAGCUCGUACCACCGGUUUAGAAGCAACUUUCCCGGUGCUGGGAUGUAGAGCCGCCGCCACGAACCGUCGCUAGGUUAGACCUCCGGUUGACCACUCCAUCAGUGUAACCCAAAGGGCGUGUGAUCCCCGAGAACCGGAAGACCAUCCUUUGUUCACUUGCCGCCAUAUCUCUCCUCUACAUGGCUCACCGCCGCUUGGAGGUAUAGAUCCAUGGUGGAGGAGUCGUCUUCUGAAGCCACGCGCCGUCGCUGAGGCGGAUUCGCCGGAGAUCUGAAAAAGGGAAAAUUAGAUCCCGCUCCUUCGAAACCCUAAAAUCCGACCUUCGUCUUCACUGCCAUCUCGUUUGCUUCGCCGCCGCUCCAAAGUGCGCCAGAACUCACCACCUUCGGUCUCAAUGAAACCUUUGGGUGAGUUCCCUGAACCCAGAGACAACGAGCAUGUCAGCAAAGGUCUGCCAGUGAGGAGGAAAGCAAAAGAAAAAAAGGAAGGGGAGAACGGAAAUGCCUCCGGCGUCGGUAUAACCGAGCCGGAGCUAGGGUUUUCACCGGUAGCUUAGAGAGAGGUUAGAGCUUUUGUUUAAGAGAGA